AUGCUGACGGUGCUGCUGCGUGCUGCCGUGCCUCGAAUGCGAUGCACGACAUGGCGGGCACGUCGUUUGUUCCUUGACGUUUGCCGCACCUUGGACCAGAAUGCUUCCAACACUUUCACCUCGCGACUCGCCAUUGGCUGGAACCGACAACUACAUUCGGAGGCUCGAGGGAGCAUCCUCGGUGUUCCAACGUGCCCUCCAAUGCAAGAAGCCGUUGCCCAAACGCCACCGGAAGGCAACAUGGGCAAAGCAGAGAUCGAGGCAGCUCAAGCCAUCCUAGGCAUCACACCUACCCAACCUGGAUCGGCAAUUGGUGGCGGCGUUGUGAUUAUCUGCGUGGACUGCGAGGCGUAUGAGUUUGCGCAGCACAAGAUCACCGAGAUUGGCAUAUCUGUACUCGACACCAGGACCUUGCGAGAUCUCUCGCCAACGGAUAGCGCAGACCAGUGGUUCUCGAAGAUAGCGUCGCGUCACUUCAGGAUCAACGAGUACGCCCACCUAGUCAACAAGAAGUACAUCAAGGGCAAACCCGAAACCUUCGCCUUCGGCACGAGCACGUUCAUCGACAAGAAAGACGCCGUGCCCGUCUUGAAUCGCAUUUUCGAAGGUCCUGCCGUUACGGACACAAAUGGCGUUGCCACCAAGGUCGUUGUUAUUGGCCACGGUCUGAAGAACGACACGAAGUUCCUAUUUUCCUUGGGCUUCAAGUGGACCGCCAUUCCGAACAUAGUUCGCAGACUUGACACGCAGUCACUGGUUGGGUCGAAGAAGGACAACGUCGGACUCUCAAGAUUACUUCGAGUUCUCGGCAUCGAGGUCAAAGAGGAGCAUCUACACAAUGCUGGAAAUGAUGCAGCGUACACGUUGCAGGCUUUUGUGCUCACAGCCCUCAGAGAGCAUGCUGCUCCUGGAAGCAUAUCCGGCGCGAUUCACCAGCAGCGGGUAGACGCAGCAGCGGCAAGAGCUGUCAAGCAGGCCACCCUCGAGGCCAAAAACGCUAUCACGGAAGCUGGUGUGACAGAUCAAGACUCGACCGCGCCUAUGCUACCUCCAACGGUUGUGGAUGGUUCUGAGACCAGCAUGCAACCUUCCGCGCCAGUGACCAAGUCGAGUCACACGCAAGUGCGGUCUAUGGACGACUAUGGGCCUACGGUCAAGUCCAGGAGGCAGGAAAAGCUCAUGCGAAGAGCCGAGCGACUUGCUGCCAAGGCCGAGGAGACUCAGAAUGGUUCUGUAGAUGGGAUGUCCUAG